CCCGGAUAUGACGCGUAGGAUCUGACGUGUAGGCGAUGAGCGUCAAGAUGGCAGCGCUGGCGUCCUUGAUUCUCAGGACCAGAGGAGGUCUGCUGGUUCCUGGUCAGUCUCAUCUGCUGGAUUCUGUGCGGUUUGCCUCCAAAAAGGCUGGUGGCAGCUGCAAGAACCUUGGAGGGAAGAGCCCCGGACGGAGAUACGGUUUCAAGAAACAGGAUGGGAGCUUCGUCCAUGCUGGCAACAUCCUUGCGACACAGAGGCAGCUGAGGUACCACCCUGGAGCACAUGUGGGGAUGGGAACCAACAACACUCUGUAUGCUCUGGAGGACGGCCAAGUCCGAUUCACCAAGGAGGUCUACGUCCCGCCACCUCGAAGCCUGGAGUCCACCAGCAUCAUCACCAAGCUGCCCAAAGGAGCCGUCCUCUACAAGACCUUCAUCAGCGUCCUGCCUGUCAAGCAGGAGGGCAAGUUCGAACUGGUGGACAUGGUCUGAUGGGGAGGGAGGGGGUGACUCGUCACUGGGGUCCAGUCAGGCACGAACCGUCUGAUGCUUCCUGAUCUGGGAUCAGAGCGGGAGGCGGUGGAAAGCUGCUGACUGCGUGACAGAAUCACCUGACUUUAUUUACUGGAACUCAACAUAAAAACCAAAAAGGAAGGUUUUCUAAGCGUGAACUGUGAAUCCCGUCAUCGAGGAGGAGCGAGGAAGUACGAGAAGAUGAUCUGCGACAUUUCCACCGGACACCCUGAAAUUGACGUGGGGUAGUACUGGAUACCAUGUGUUCUGUAUUAAAGUUUUCUAUGUGACUG